AAUUAUAUUUUCAAUGCAAACAACUCACUCAUUGAUAAGAAAAGUAAUGUAGUUCCUGAAUCAAAAAAUAAAAAUAAUUAUGAAUCAAAUUUCAAUCCCAUGUUUGAUAAUUUUUUAAUGGAAGAAAUAACUGUACAAGGAGAUGAAAAACUUGUCAAUGCCAAUGCUAAACUUAUUAGCAAAGAAAUGAAAUCAGUUGCUGUUCAUGAAAAUGAAAAUAAAUAUGUAUCCAAUGUUACUAUUUUACCUAUUAUUAAAGAAAAGGAAACAGUUUCAACUUUUGAAAUGGAAGAAUUAUCGAAAAAUAUUACUUACACACAACUACCAUUUUGUCAAACUCGAGAUGGUUAUGUUCCUCAAGCUGAAAAUUUUGAAAUCCAUUAUUUUGACCAGAAUGGAAAAAGAAUACCUCUUGAACGUAUGGCUCAAGAUCGACCUAUUUUAAUUAACCCUACCAUUGUAAUUAAUAAUGGAUCGACCAUUGCACCCAAAACUGUGGAGGAAAGCACAAACAUUCCGGAUUAUUGGGAAGAAUUUAUGGAUUUCAGCGAUCCGGAUAGUUACAAGGACUUUGGCAUGCUUAGUAAAUUGCUUCCGGAUCCUGAUUGAUUCUACAUGGAGGACGACAUAUGUCAAGUUUGUUUAAUUUGUAACACUGCAUUAUUCAACCACACUUGUCUUCCUGUGCAUAUUUCUUGUUUUGUUGUGAAAGUUAUACAUAUUGUAAAUAAGAUUCAUAAAAAAGCUUUAAAGUUAUUUUGAAAUAUGGUUUUUAGAGUUUAGUACAGGGUUUUUAGUAGGUGGAAUUUUGCUUUUUUGAUGUAAUUACUAUGAACCAAUUGUUGUCUCUAGCUGUAGUGCCAACCAGUGUAAUUGCAAAUUUUACUGUGUCUUUCUGAAAUUUGAGCAUCUCACGACUUUGAUAGCUAAAUGGUUACUUUUCCUCUUUUAUCAUUAGUUGGUAAGAUAUUCCUUAUACCUAAAUUAUUAAUUUGACAUUUGAGAGUGUCAUCCACUCAAUAGAGGUAAACCAAGCUCCAGUGCUCCCUAUAAACUCCUUUAUAAAAUAUUUCUUAGGCAAUUUCAUUAUGGCACCUGAGCAUGAUACAAUUAUUGUAUAAAACUUCCACAAGUUUGGAUACUGUUUUCACUACACAGUUGAAUAUAAUUUCAAUAAAUGUUAAGGGAUCAUAGGCAUCAUUCUUUUUUAUUUUUUGACUUUGUUGAAAAGCUUCUAAAUAUGAGAAGUGAUUUUUCAUGUAGUAUAAAUAUUGUUGUAUUGAUUUGUAAUUGUUAUUUUGCGAAGCAACCAAUGUACAUGA